UAGAAAAUAAGAAAAAAACGACGAAUCAGGAAAGGCAACAAUCUCGUUUUUGUUGGAUCCCAACGUUUGAAACUUUCAUGGUUUUGUUGUCUUCUUCUUCUACACUCUUCCCUUUCUUACACACAAACCCUAGCGAGAGACGAAUCCGACUGAAACAAAGAAGAAAUGGCGGAAGAGGAAGAAGAGCUGAUUGGUCCUUUGGAUCCCAGUUCGUCGAUGGUUGUCAUCAGAGAAUCCCCAAUUUUCGAUCACGUUGUUUUCCCGCCGAUCUACCACGAGAAUCUCAUUGUCGACUCUUCCAUCUACGGAGUCGAUAGAUUCCUUGAUUCUCCCUCGUCUCCGUCUUCUUCAUCCAGACGCUCUGCUUCUUCUUCUUCUUCUUCUUCUUCUUCUUCUUUUUCGUUGUUCCCUUCUGAUUCAGAUGGACAACCAUCUGAAUUUGACCGCAAGUCUCCGUCGGAAUCUGAACCAAAAUCUCCGACGUCACUAGUCGGCGAAUCUCCACCGUCCAAUUCAGACGAACAACCGCCGUUUAAACCGAAAUCUCCGCGAUUUUCCUCUGAACAAACUGGCGAUUCAGACGGGAAAUUACUGAGGAAACCAUUGAAUCGUGAGAUUGAUAUCUUUCGAGAUUGGUGGGAGCUUCUUCUCGUACGUGUGUACUCCAAAUUGAAGAAUUUGAUGACCUGGUUCUCAGUCACUCUCCGGCCCUUUUAUCCAGCUCUUGCCAUUGCCGUUUGGUGGUGGAUGCGUUUACGAGCUCGUCGGAAACGUGUCCAAGGAGGAACCACUGAUCAUCUUCGAGAUGCGAUCAAAGAGAGAGACGAGAGGAUAGUUCAGCUUUUACAUCAGAUAGCUCAGAUGAAUGAGUUACUGAUAAAGCACCACAAGGACAUCGUAUCAAGAAGAUGAUCCAUCACAAUUUCAAACUUCUUUUAGCCUACUGAUUCUUUUGUUUCUUGUUUAUAUAUUCUCUUGCAAUUUACUGUCUUAUUGUAAGAUUCUUA